AUGGCUGACUCUACGGAUGAAAGUGCUCGGCUAUUUCGGGCACCUACGGAUCAGACAAUUAGAGAGCCUCAUGCUGUAGAACCUAGUAUUGGUGCUGCUACAACCACAGAAGUUUAUACAUUUCCUGCGUGGCAACCAAGUGUGGUUUUAGGCCCUAGCAUUGUUUCCGAUGCAGGGGGUCGUCAAGAGGUCAUGCUCGCUGUCACUCUGAGCCCACAUCAAUACGCAACUCACUGUCUAGUCUCAGAACCGUUACCCAUGGCCUACAGCUCGCCUCCCCAAUUGAUAACAGGUCAGGAGAUUGCCUUCGCAGAACGAAUUCUGUCCGGCGUAAGCGAAGUGCAAACCCCUUCUAACAUCCCCGAACAGGGUGUGUGCCGUGAUCGGAACACUGCAGAUCCUAGUGAAUCCACACCCCCACCUACUCGGGCUCAUGAAUUCUACGGAGGCGUAAUCACGACGGCGGUGAAGCAGACACAAACGUCUGAAGCGAUCACUGGUAUGUCGCAGUAUGCCAAUCCAAUGCCUGGAGAUUUCCACGUCGAUUAUGUUGAAGGCGGUGACGAAGAUUUGAAUGACGCACAUGAAUUUGGCAGUGUUGCUACUAUGAUGACAACAGCUGGUCAGCGGUUGGAGGAUCCGGUGGAAGCAGAUUCAAGGUCAGUGUCAGCGUAUGGACGGAAUUUUGAGACGUCGACAAUGCCAUAUCAACCAGGCUCGGUGGGUACUGUGUCCUCAAUGGGAGAGACGGAGGAAGAGACUGACAACGGUCACGUCAAUGACCUUCUGCCGAAUGAGGGCAGGGCAAGAGUAGAAUCAGAGGCUAUUGUCAGUUCUACUACUCACGACGACUACCACGAUCCCCUCGAUCGAUCGGUUGGUUCGAAUGAACCCAGCCGCCACGUUCAAUACGCUUUUGCCGAUGAGGCAGAUAAUUCCGUAGUGUGUCAAUUUGACUGGCUGGGUCGAAAGCGAAGCAUCUGGCGAUUUCGACUGCGCCACGGUGUCUUGCGGAUUAGUGUUGGUGACGACGCAAUCGUGGAAAGUGUGGAAACUCUAAGCGAUCCUGUUUCUGAAGAAGUUGACCCCGAUCCCCACCAACAUGUUGUUGUUGGUCCAGAUGACCAGCGUGCUUCCGAAGACUUGGAAGAUGAGGAUAAGGAGAACCAGAACAAUUAA